GACCUUACGUACCCUUAAGGCGGCAAAGCAAAUAAAGAGAGCCUUCAGAAGGACACACACUCACUCGAAAACAGGGAAGGAGAGAAAGAAAAGGUGGGGAAAGGGGCAAUAAAGCAUUACAGGGAAGAGAGAGGAUGCAAAGAUUCAGCAACACAGUGAUCGGCUUCUUGAACCUCUUCACACUCUUGGCGUCGAUACCCAUCAUCGCCGGCGGCCUGUGGAUGGCGAAGAGCAGCGCAACCUGCGAGAACUUCUUCCAAGCGCCGCUUCUGGUGAUCGGCUUCGUGGUGCUGGUAAUAUCUCUGGCCGGCUUCAUCGGAGCUUGCUUCAACGUCGCCUGGGCUAUGUGGGUGUACCUCUUUGUCAUGCUGCUCCUCAUUGGAACCCUAAUGGGCUUAACCCUGUUCGGCUACGUGGUGACCGGCCCAGGCGGUGGCGUGGCGGUUCCCGGCAGGGUUUACAAGGAGUAUCAUCUAGAAAACUACUCGGAGUGGCUGAGGAAAAGGGUUUUGGAUCCUCAGUACUGGGAGAGCAUCAGGAGCUGCAUAGUGGGUUCUUCUAGGACCUGUGCCAAGAUUGCCUACUGGACGCCUUUUGAUUAUCUUCAAGGAGACAUGACUCCUGUGCAGUCCGGGUGUUGCAAGCCGCCCACCUCGUGCAAUUACAACGUGGAGACGGUGUCGGUGACGGUGACUGGGCAAGAGCCGGACUGCUACCGGUGGAGCAACGCGGCGGGGGUGCUGUGCUACGAGUGCGAGUCGUGCAAAGCGGGGGUGCUGGAGAGCGUGAGAAGCGACUGGCGCAAGCUCUCCGUCCUCAACAUCGUGGUGCUCGUCUUCCUCAUCGGCAUCUACUCCAUCGGCUGCUGCGCUUUCCGCAACACCAAACGCGCCGGCUCCGACUACCCCUACGGCGAAAACCGCAUGUCCAAAGUCCGUCCCAGAUGGGAUUUCCACCUGUGGAGAUGGUUGCAUCACAGAAGGCACCAGCUUUAUUAGGCGAAGCUCUUACCUUUUUCUCAGUUCCCAGAUUGGCUUUCCGCUCGUUCUGUAAAAGAUAUGGGACAAAGUCUGUUGUUUUUUUGUGUAUAAGAAUGCGUGCAGGCUUCUAGGCCCUCCUUUCCAUACAUCUGCUUUAAUCUUU